CGGUAAGGUCGUAGCUAGGUAGUGCCAUGCAAAACAUCUUCGUGCCUAUGCCUACACAUAAUAUUAUUAUCAUUAAGUCGAAUAAAAAAUUAUCGACUCGAACCAAUAGUGACGGAGUUCGGUACAAGCGCGUAGGUACCUUCUACCAUUGAUUUAAAAUCAAUGCCACUAUAGUCAAAGUACUAUCUACCUACGACCUACCUAAUGCUAUUAAAAGGUAAUAUUGUUUUAAUAGUUAGCACUUAUUAGUACCUAUAUACAUCGUGCGGGAUACUACAGAUGAACGUUAUUAUCGAUCGACUGAUAUUCAUAUUAUAAUUGCGAGAUGAGUAUUAUAUCGAUAAUAAAAAAAAAAUGCCAAAAAAACGAAUUGACCGACGACGAGAUCAGAUUUUUCGUAAAAUGUACAGUGGAUGGAUGUAUAGAUCAAUGUCAAAUCGGAGCGAUGUUAAUGGCCUUGUAUUUAAACGACUUGACCAAUGCCGAGGUCUAUAACAUGACCACGGCUAUGGCGAAUUCGGGCAAAAUACUCAAAUUUAGAUCGUCUGCAAUUGUCGUGGACAAACACAGCACCGGAGGCGUUGGGGAUAAAGUUUCAAUUCCACUAGUACCUGCGCUGAGUGCCACCCAAGAAGAUUUUAUUAUACCUAUGGUGUCGGGUAGAGGACUCGAGUUUACGGGUGGCACGUUAGACAAACUCGAGAGUAUUCCUGGAUUUUCCUCGUUUGGUUUCGACGAUCAACAACUGUUAGACAUGGGUAAUAAAUUCGGAUGUUUUAUUGUUGGGUCAGACGAUUUAUCGCCGGCCGAUUCAGUUCUAUACAAAGCUCGAGAUGUCACUGCCACGGUCGACAAUGCUGGAUUAAUUAUAGCGUCUAUAAUAUCUAAAAAAGCAGCCGCCGGUAUUAAAUAUUUAAUACUCGAUUUAAAAGUCGGAUCAGCAAGUUUUUUCCAUUCAAUCGACGAAGCUAAAUCCUUUGGAAAGCAAUUUAUUUUAGUGGCUAAACUGAUGGGCAUUGAAUGUAGAGUGUUGAUGACUAGAAUGUCAGCACCAAUUGGUAAUUAUGUUGGUAAUUCUUUGGAAAUAUUAGAAUCCAUAAAUUGUUUAAGGGGAAAAGGGCCGAGUGACUUACAAGCUCUCGUUGAACUAAUCGGCGGACAUCUAUUAGAAAUGACUCAUAAAGUAAAUUCGGUGAAUGAAGGUUGUAAGCGGAUGGCUGAGUCGUUAAAUAACGGAACAGCUUUAAAAAAGUUCAAACAAAUGUUAAUUGAAUUGAGAGUCGACGAGCGGAUAGCAGAUGAGUUAUGUUAUGGCAGUACAACUUCCGUUUUACCAAUGGCCAAAUACGAGAUCGAAAUUAAGGCUCUUACUUCAGGUUACGUGAAUGGCAUACAUGGUAUGAAUAUUGCUAAAGUCUGUAACAAAUUGGGUGCCGGAAGACAAUUUUCUAAUCAAGCGAUUGAUCCAGCGGUCGGUAUUCGCUUACUUGUAAAAAAAGGCGAUCGUGUGGAUAUUGAUAAUGUUUGUAUGGUUUUAUAUCAUAAUGAAAUUGAUUUGAAUGAAUCAUAUUUAAUUUUAUUACAACAAUCGAUUGAAUUAGUGAAUGAAAUUGUAGAACCAGAAGAUAUUUUACUAGGAGUAAUUGAUUGUAAUUGAUUGUAAUUAAUAGUUCUAACUUUUAAUGAUAAUUUUUAAUUUCAAAUUAAGGCCUAAAUCCUAAUUAUAAUAUCUAUAUACGAUUACAACUAUUUUUAAGUUUUAUUGAAAUUAUACGAAUUAUUAUUUUACAUUUUACAUUGUUCGUGCUCAUUAAUAAUUUAUGUUAUCAAAUAAGAAUGUUGAAACUUGAAACAUUGAACUAUUGAAGGACAGAUAAAAAGGCCAUACUUCUAAGGUAUGAGCUUCAUAUUAUAAAAAUUAAAAAUUGUAUAAUAAUAUGGAAAUUAUAAUCGUUAUAACAUUAAUGACAUGAA